UAACAUCGCGGUUGGCCAGUGUCUCGUGCUCUAAAAAAAUCUCCAACAAUACUAGCUGAACUGUACAUUUUCCAUAUUUGACUGACAGACUAUUCUGAUCUCUCGAGAAUCAUGGAACGGUGGGCUGGUAAAACCGCGAUCGUUACUGGCGCAGCAUCCGGCAUCGGGAAAGCUAUUACAACUGCCCUUCUGAAAAAAAAAGUGAAUGUGGUCGCUCUGGACAUACAAGAUGAGCAAUUAGAACAGGCCGCUAGUAAAUGGGCGGAACUCGAGAACAGAGGAACGUAUUACACGCUACGAUGCGAUGUGACCAAGGAGGAGGACGUGGAUCGCGCUUUCUCCUUCGUGGAGUCGGUUGCUGGCGGAUUGGACAUUAUGGUGAACAACGCCGGCAUUACUCUCUACGCGCGUCUUAUUGACAGCGACACGAAGACAUUUGAAAGGAUGUUAAAUAUUCAUGUCCUCGGGGCGGCGAUGUUCCUGAGCCGUGCAGCCCGUAUGAUGCUUCGCCGAAAUGUCGAAGGGCAUAUUUUCGUUAUGAACAGCAUACUGGGACACGAAAUGCCGUCUAGAACCCUUUCGGAACUCGAUGGCUGCAAUGGCUGGCAUCUGUAUCCGGCCUGCAAACACGGAUCUGUCGCGUUAACGGAGUCGGUGCGCCGUGAAUUGGCGGCUGUUAAGGCACAGAUCCGAGUCACUAGCAUCUGUCCCGGCCUCGUUUCCACGAACUUGGCGGUGCAUAACCAGGAGAUAACUAAGAUCCUGGCGCAUGUGGAUGCCCUUCAGCCCGAGGACAUCGCGGACGCAGUGAUCUAUGCACUUGGCACACGACCUCAAGUCGAGAUCGCUCAGAUCACCGUUCGAACUGUGGGGCAAUUGUGUUGA